AUGGGUACUAUCGGUAACGUUUUCAGCAUUCUGAUCUUUACCCGCAAAUCAUUAUGGCGGUCAUGUUCAAUGUAUUUUUUGGCAUCGGCUAUCAACAAUUUUCCUGUACUGUACUUUGGAGCUAUAACAAGAAUGUUAGCUGAUGGAUAUGCAUUGGAUCCAACACGAUAUUCUUUACCUUACUGCCGAUUUCGAAAUUACUUCUCCUACGCUACCUACAACCUAUCGCCCUAUUGGUCUAUGUGGGCUACUAUCGAUCGAUUUUGCUCCAGCUCGGCAAAUCCUCGAUAUCGUCAAUUCAGUCAACUGAAGGUGGCUUAUGUUCUUAUCCCGUCAACAAUACUGGUAUCUGGGGGAGGUUUUUUGCAUACCCUAGUCUUUUUUCAAAUCCAAAAUGGUUCAUGCAAAGCACAAUCGGGAUUAUAUGCACAAUUUUUUGGUAUAUUUACACUGUGCUUUUAUUUUCUGCCUGUAUUAUUGAUUUUUAUAUUUGGUUUGUUAACAAUUUUCAAUGUAAUACAACAACAUCAGCGUAUACAACCAAUUCAAAUGUACGGCACCCGUUCAGCAAAACAAAUUGAAGGCCAGUUAUUAAAAAUGUUACUCGUGCACUUAGCUGUUUAUUGUUUAUUAGCUAUGCCAUACAAUGUUUUAUUAGCUAUUGUAGCUGCUUAUACUACACCCAGCACUUUGUUUCUAUUCAUACAAAAUUUGUCACGUAUACUACUCAAUGCCAGCUAUAGUGUUGACUUUUACAUAUAUACACUGAGUGCUCGACUCUACCGAAAAGAACUUUUAAAGUUGUUACAACAUGUGUUUGGCCCAAAUUUAAUCAGAAUUCAAGAACGUACAGUAGCAUCGACGUCAAAAGCAAACAGAACAUAUUCAAGGUCACCUGCGCGCAUAAAAGAACUUGUGCCCGACAAUAAUGGAACAAAAUGA